UAUGCGGGCAACACGAAGUACAACGAGUACAACAAGGGCGCGCUCGACGCCGUCGGCGGCAAGACGGCGGGCAUGACCAUGACCGUGUCGACGAUGCAGCUCGGCGUCUGCGCCGCCUACGCGAUCGUGCUCUGGGUGCUGAGCUUCAACCCCAUCAAGCUCUGCGGCCUCCAGACGCCGGACCGCCAGAAGCUGCCCGGCACGAAGUUCACGGACAUCCUCAAGACCAUCCCCGUGGGCUUCUGCGCGGCGGCCGCGCACAGCGCGUCCGUCUUCGCGCUCGGCGGCGACCGGCGCGGCGACCCGCUCUUCGGCCAGAUCGUCAAGGCCGGCGAGCCCGUGCUCAGCGCCAUCGUCAACACCAUCUUCUACGGCAAGCCCCCGAGCCUGCCCAAGUGGUGCUGCCUGCCCAUCAUCGUCGGCGGCGUCGCGUUCGCGUCGAUGAAGAAGGUCGAGGGCGCCUACACGCUCAAGUUCGACAUGACCGCGCUCCAGUUCGGCCUGCUGGCCAACGCGUUCGCGGCCUUCAAGGGCUCCGAGAACAAGAAGCUCAUGACGGACAAGGACAUCAAGGCGCGCUACGGCGGCGUCGGCAACCAGUACGCGGUCACGGAGAUCCUCGCGUUCCUCAUCUCGCUCCCGGUCAUGUUCUACACCGAGGGCGACAUGUGGCCCAAGUUCCUCGAGCUGCUCAAGACGUCCAAGGAGCUCCAGUUCAACCUCGCCAUGUCGGGCCUCGCCUUCUACCUCUACAACGAGCUCGCGACGAUGACGAUCAAGACGACGGGCGCGGUCACCGCGUCCGUCGCCAACACGGCGAAGCGCGUCAUCGUGCUCAUCUACAUGGCCGCCAUCACGGGCAAGGCCCUCACGGACGAGCAGAAGAUCGGCGCGGGCGUCGCCAUCGGCGGCGUCCUCAUCUACUCCGUCAUCGACGACCUCCUCGCGCCGAAGAAGAAGGCGGCCUAG